GUACGUCAUUUCCAGCAAGACGGCUCCGGCAGCGUGAGGAAAACGGUGCCACCAUGUCUCGAUUCUUUGCCACUGGCUCGGACAGUGAAUCUGAAUCCUCAUCCUCUGGGGAGGAGGUGCUACCCAAGGCAGGGGCAGGAGGCUUCUCUCGACAGCCAUUGUUGGUCAGCGAUGAAGAAGAAGAUGCCAAAAGAGUGGUGCGGAGCGCCAAAGACAAGAGGUUCGAUGAGCUGAUGAACAUCAUCAAGACCAUCCGCAAUGCAAUGAAAAUCCGGGACAUGGCCAAGUGCCUGGAGGAGUUUGAGAGUCUGGGCAAAGCUUACCUGAAGUCCAAGAGCAUCGUAGACAAGGAGGGCAUUCCCAAGUUCUACAUCCGUAUCCUGGUCGAUCUAGAGGACAUGGUGAAUGAGGUGUGGGAGGAUCGGGAAGGCAGGAAGAAGAUGAACAAGAAUAACUCCAAGGCCUUGGCCACCAUGAGGCAGAAGAUCCGGAAGUACAACCGGGACUUCGAACAGGAGCUCAUCGCCUACAGAGAGAACCCGGAAAAGUCUGCAGAGGAAGAGGAAGAAGCGGAGGAGGAUGAAGAAUCCUCAGAGGAAGAGGAGGACGAAGAUGAGAUGACAGCUGCCGUCUUCCUGAAGAAGAAAAUGGAGGCUGUCCCAGAGCCCAAGAAGGCCAAGGCCCAGGAGGAUGAUGAGGAAGAUGAGGAUGACGACGAUGAUGAAGAUUGGGGGUCCCCCUCCGAUGAUUCGGACUCUGAAUCAGAUGAUGAUGACAGCAAAUACAUCUCCCUCGCCCACAAGUUUCUCAAGAAGCAGCCGACAGAGGAGGAGAAGAGGGCUGCCGACAAGAAACGGGACGACAAGCUGAAGAAACGACUGGAGCGCAAGGACAAGAGGAAGGCAGAAGAGGGCGAGGAGGAGGGAGAUGAGGGCGGCGAGUGGAAACCGGUGAAAGGAGGGGCUCCCAUGGUGUCGGAGAAGCCCAAGAUGUUUGCCAAGGGGACUGAGAUCAAUCACUCGGUGGUCCUGAAGAAGCUGAACGAGAUUCUCCAGGCCCGAGGGAAGAAGGGAACUGACAGGGCUGCCCAGAUUGAGAUGCUGACAGAAUUGUGUACCAUCGCCACCGCACAUGAGCUUGGUGAUGGCAUCAUUUUGAAGAUCAAGUUCAACAUCGUGGCUUCUCUGUACGACUACAACCCCAACCUCGCUUCCUGCAUGAAGCAAGAUAUGUGGAGGAAGUGCCUGGGCUGUGUGGACAAUCUCCUCGACAUCCUCUUCGAGAGUCCGAACAUCUUCAUCGGGGAGAACAUUGGGGAGGAAUCGGAGAACCUGAGCAAUCCUGAGCUGCCGUACCGCGUGCGGGGCUGCAUCUUGACACUGGUCGAGCGGAUGGACGAGGAGUUUACCAAAAUCAUGCAGAACACCGACCCCCACUCACAGGAGUACGUGGAGAAUCUGAAGGACGAGUGGCGGGUCUGCCACAUUGUGCAGCGUCUGCAGGAGUACCUGGAGCGGAAGGGCAGCACUGACGAGAUCUGCCGGGCCUACCUGCGGCGGAUCAUGCACACCUACUACAAGUUCGACUAUAAGGCUCACCAGAGGCUGCAGGCUCCCUCCGACCAGUCCAAGUCAGAGCAGGACCAGGCGGAGAGCGAAGGGGAGGACAGUGCUGUGCUGAUGGACCGUCUCUGCAAGUUCAUCUACUCAAAGGACCGGACGGACCGUAUCCGCACCUGUGCCAUCCUGUGUCACAUCUAUCACCAUGCCCUGCACAACCGCUGGUUCCAGGCCCGUGACCUCAUGCUCAUGUCUCACCUGCAGGACAACAUCCAGCACGCCGACCCCCCGGUACAGAUCCUGUACAACCGGACGAUGGUACAGUUGGGGAUCUGUGCCUUCCGCCAGGGGAUGAUCAAGGAUGCUCACAACGCGCUGCUGGACAUCCAGUCAAGUGGCCGGGCCAAGGAGCUGCUGGGCCAGGGCCUGCUGAUGCGCAACAUGCAGGAGCGAAACCAGGAACAGGAGAAGAUCGAGAAGCGCCGCCAGAUCCCCUUCCACAUGCACAUCAACCUGGAGCUGCUUGAGUGCGUCUACCUGGUGUCUGCCAUGCUCCUCGAGAUCCCCUACAUGGCCGGCCACGAGUUCGAUGCCCGCCGCCGCAUGAUCAGCAAGCAGUUCCACCACCAGCUGAGGGUGGGCGAGAGGCAGCCCCUCCUGGGUCCCCCCGAGAGUAUGCGAGAACACGUGGUGGCUGCCUCCAAGGCCAUGAAGAUGGGCGACUGGAAAACCUGCAAGAACUUUAUCAUCAACGAGAAGAUGAACGCCAAAGUCUGGGAUCUCUUUCCAGCAGCUGACAAAGUCCGGGAAAUGCUAGUCAGGAAGAUUCAGGAGGAGUCGCUCCGUACUUACCUCUUCACGUACAGCAGUGUUUAUGACUGCAUCAGUAUGGAGACUUUAGCCAACAUGUUCCAGCUGGAGAUUCAGAAUGUGCACAGCAUCAUCAGCAAGAUGAUCAUCAACGAGGAGCUGAUGGCCUCUCUGGACCAGCCGACACAGACGGUUGUGAUGCAUCGGACAGAACCCACUUCCCUGCAGAACCUGGCCCUCCAGCUAGCUGAAAAACUGGGCAACCUUGUGGAGAACAAUGAGAGGGUUUUCGACCUCAAGCAGGGCUCCUACGGGGGUUACUUCAGCCGCGACCAACGGAUUGGAUACCAGGGCAAGCAGUCAUACGCGGGCCGAGGGGCCUUCCGGCAGAACCAGGGUGCCUACUGAGUGGAGGGAGAACAGAGGGAGACCCCCCCCCGUUACCUAUUGCGUGUCUGCCUGUGAUCCGUAGAAUAAAGCAGAAUUAAUGUGUUGUCAGCAUUGCCGCCCG